AUGGCUACGUCUUCCAGUGACGAGGAGACUGCUAGACGAAAGUCAACAAGACGACGACGCAAUCCUCUAGACGAGCGAUACUGGGAACUUGGCGAGCCGCCGCUGUCACCGGUAGUAACUAACAAUAUACUUACAACGGUUUCUAUUUAGGAUGAAAGAGAAUCCGACAAAGAAUCAGUAGACACCUUGCCAGCAAGAAGAGAACGGAAAGACACAGGUAAUGCUACAUCAAACUAAUUUUCGUUGUAGUAUGCCAUGACCCGUCCUGCCGGGCAGUUAUUUCUGACAUGCAGGCAGACAUAAGAAGACAGGGCAAGGACAUCGCAUUAUUGCGUAAACAACUUGCCUGGGUCAUAAAGGGCAUCAUGAAAAUACUCGAAAAUCAACAUACAAUGCAGCUAAACGACAUUCCUCGACAACCAGCCCCUGGAAGCCCGGAGGCCGCCUUCCCAACCAAUCCUCUAAGGCGGCCCAUCUGUACAAAGUCCGACUUCCAGGAGGUCAAUAGCAGACUGCACGACCCCCAGGUUAAGUCGCAGCUGGUAAGGCUAAGCGAAUUUUAUGACAUUCGUAGACGCACUUCCUCGUAUGCCUCGGUGGGCGCAACACCGAUGAUUUCGUUAAAAGGGUAUUUUAUGCCCUGUUUGAUGACGAGGCGUGCAUGCACGUGAAUUUCCGUGGGAAAAAAACCAAGGAGGGCCUGUGCGGGUCACAGGUUUACGAGGUGAUAAAGGGUAGGCCCUUGCUUACAUGUAACUCUGCAUGGAAAACAGACGUUUAUGCUGCAUAG